CACAGCGCGCGGGGGUCUCCCGCGUCCCUCCGCCUCGCCGGGAGCUCGCGCCCUCGCCCCAGCCGAGCUCCCACCCCCUGCUUUCCGGAGGCGCGGGGCGGCGCCACCCUCCGGCCGGAGCCGGGCACUGCACAGCCCCCUCCGACUCUCAAUGUUCCACGCUCCCCGGCCGGAGCCUCCUCGGCUUCUUUUUUUUCCCUCCCCCCCUUCCCCCCCGGCUGCCUCCAUUUCCUUGAGGAAGGGUUUUUUUCGCUCUCCCUCCCCCACAGCGUAGCGGCGCGCGAGCGGGCCGGGCGGGCGGCCGAGAAGUUUUUCAAGUGAGGAUCACUUCACCAAAAUGUCCAGUGAUAGGCAAAGGUCUGAUGAUGAGAGCCCUAGUACCAGCAGUGGCAGUUCAGAUGCGGACCAGCGAGACCCAGCCGCUCCAGAGCCUGAAGAACAGGAAGAAAGAAAACCUUCUGCCACCCAGCAGAAGAAAAACACCAAACUCUCUAGCAAAACCACUGCUAAGUUAUCCACUAGUGCUAAAAGAAUUCAGAAGGAGCUAGCCGAAAUAACCCUUGAUCCUCCUCCUAACUGCAGUGCUGGGCCUAAAGGAGAUAACAUUUAUGAAUGGAGAUCAACUAUACUUGGUCCACCAGGCUCUGUGUAUGAAGGUGGUGUGUUUUUUCUGGAUAUCACAUUUUCAUCAGAUUAUCCAUUUAAGCCACCAAAGGUUACUUUCCGCACCAGAAUCUACCACUGCAACAUCAACAGUCAGGGAGUCAUCUGCCUGGACAUCCUUAAAGACAACUGGAGUCCUGCAUUGACUAUUUCAAAGGUUUUGCUGUCUAUUUGUUCUCUUUUGACAGAUUGCAACCCUGCGGAUCCUCUGGUUGGAAGCAUAGCCACUCAGUAUUUGACCAACAGAGCAGAACAUGACAGGAUAGCCAGACAGUGGACCAAGAGAUAUGCAACAUAAUUCACUAAUUUGUAUACAGUGUGAAGGAGCAGAAGGCAUCUUCUCACUGUGCUGCAAAUCUUUAUAGCCUUUACAAUACGGACUUCUGUGUAUAUGUUAUACUGAUUCUACUCUGCUUUUACUUUGGAGACUGGGAGACUCCCUGAAAAGGUAAAUGCUAUCAAGAGUAGAACUUUGUAGCUGUAGAUUAGUUAUGUUUAAAACGCCUACUUGCAAGUCUUGCUUCUUUGGGAUAUCAAAAUGUAUUUUGUGAUGUACUAAGGAUACUGGUCCUGAAGUCUACCAAAUAUUAUAGUGCAUUUUAGCCUAAUUCAUUAUCUGUAUGAAGUUAUAAAAGUAGAUGUAGAUGACUAGGAAUUAUGUCAUUUGUAUUAAGCCCAGAUCUAUUUCUCGAGUAUGUGGUUCAUGCUGUUGUGAAAAUGUUUUACCUUCUACCUUUGUCAGUUUGUAAUGAGAGGAUUUCCUUUUACCCUUUGUAGCUCAGAGAGCACUGGUGUAUCAUCUCAAACACAAUAAACAUGCUCCUGAAGGCAUA